AUGGUCAUAACUUCCGCUGACAAGCCUUACCCGGUGAUUUAUGCGAAUAAGAAGUGGAGCGAGUACACUGGAUAUCCCUUGAAAGAGAUACGGGGAAAGUCUCUCAGCAUUCUUCAAGGACGGAAGACAUGUCAGAGCCGAAUCAGACUCUUGUCGGAAGCAUUAGAACAACGCAAGCCUGUUGAAGUAUCUGUAGUCAAUUACAAGCGGGAUGGCAAGGCAUUUCUGAAUCAUCUGACAAUACUUCCCCUUUGGUCCGAGGAACUUGGGAGGAUCUCAUCGUUUCUUGGAAUC